UAAUCAAGGAACAGAUAGUACUUCCACAUGUAAGAAGAUUUCAUGAGAGUCAGGGACGGUGCGGAAACGUCAGUCAUUGGUUUAAAACCAUGCUGGACCCGCCCUGAAUCUUCCAGUCAUCCAAUCAAACGCCAGCUUCAUUCAGCAGGCUCGAGAGGUGGGCGGUGAACGCGCAAAAUUUGAAAGUUCACCGGAAACAAAAACGUCCGAGAGGAAAACGGUGUGCUCCGUAUUAUGUCUAGGUUUCUGUGAAUAUUAGAAACAAAAGUAAGUAAAGUACCUGCAUGGCAGUCUGGCGAGUAAUCUCAUAACGUAGUGUUUUGUCUCCGUAAACAUAAAUGAAGGACACUGCGUGUCGCGUUAUCGUUUCUUUGUUUGGACGUUAGCAUACGCUAGCCAACGUUAACAUAGCAUGCUAAAGCAACGCAUUGUUGACAUUUGUUUUUCCCUGGUCUAAAUAUAACGUAAUACUGCCGUCCCGGAUAUCUUUAAUCACUUAACGCGUAAAGUACUUUUCACUUCGUGUGUUAAUCGUUCAGUUUAUGUGUUAAGAAGACAUGUUGAAGUUCAAAUACGUGAGUCAGGGAAACCUGAAAACGCUGCCGUCCUCCGCGGAUCCCAUCACCAGCCGCAGCUCGCGACUCAAUCAGCUGUUUCAGGGCCGACUCAGCCUGUGUGGGCAGCAGGGAGGAUGCACUUUAGGUCGGGAAGAGUUUCUGGAGGCUCUGCUGCUGCUCUACCAAGAGUGCGCCUCCCCAGAGCUUAUGAAGAUGCACCAUGUGGCAAACUUUGUCAAUAAGUUUUCUGAAGUGGCCUCAGAGCUGCGGGCCCUGCAGCCUUGGCUUUAUGACUUUGAAGUGCGUGCAGUCGUGGGUCGCGGCCGUUUUGCCGAAGUCCAAGUAGUCCGGGAGAAGGCAACUGGGGAUGUUUGUGCACUGAAAGUCAUGGACAAGGCAGUUUUACGUGCACAAGAAAAUGUGGUUUUUCAUGAAGAGGAGCGGAGGAUCCUGUCUCUGAACAGCAGUCCCUGGAUCCCGCAACUUCUCUACGCCUUCCACGACAAAGAACAUGUCUACCUGGCGAUGGAGUACCUGCCGGGAGGUGACCUGAUGUCCCUGCUCAACCGAUACGAGGAUCAGUUUGAUGAGUCCAUGGCUCAGUUCUAUUUGGCUGAGCUGGUAGAGGCCAUUCAUGCUGUCCACCAGCUAGGCUAUGUCCACAGAGAUGUCAAACCAGAAAACGUUCUCAUCGAUCGGACUGGUCACAUUAAGCUGGCAGACUUUGGAUCAGCUGCCAGGCUGACUGCUAACAAAACAGUUGCAGCGCUCACAGUGCCUGUUGGGACGCAGGACUUUCUCUCCCCUGAGGUCCUGGCAGCCAUGAAUGGGGGCCCUCACAGCACUUACGGGGUUGAUUGUGACUGGUGGUCCCUUGGAGUCAUAGCCUAUGAGAUGAUCUAUGCCAGCUCGCCUUUUUCUGGUGGCACUGCUACCAAGACAGUCCACAACAUCCUCAACUUUCAGCGCUUCCUUAAAUUUCCGGAGGAGCCGCGGGCCAGUAAGCAGUUUGUAGACCUGCUGCAGAGAUUGCUUUGUGGAGCCAAAGAGCGACUGGGUUUCCAGGGACUCCACUGUCACUCUUUCUUCUCCAGUGUAGACUGGAAAAACCUUAGACAAGUUCUCCCGCCUUUUGUUCCUGCGUUGCACUCUGAAGAUGACACCUCUAAUUUUGAGGAGCCGGAGCAGGCAGCCCCCCGGCCAGCCUCAGCAGCCCAGCGAGGAGCUCUGCCAGCGGGCUUCCAGGGCCAGGAUCUGCCCUUUCUAGGCUGGUUCUUCAGCAGACCAUUGACAACAUUGGCCAAAACUGAGGCAGUGUCUGCAGGCCUCAACUCUCCUGCUAAGACCAACUCCAUGGAAAAGAAACUGCACAUUAAAAGCAAAGAAUUACAAGAAACUCAAGACAAAUGUCACAAGUUCAUCUCUAGCCCUUACGACAACAAGUCAUUCCUGAUUUUCAAAUCCAAGAGCAGCUCCAUCAAGCAAGCCAGAGAUGACUAG